CCCGCGGCAAGAUGGCGGUGCCCUGGCCUUGCCACGCAGACUUCCGCUCGGUGCGAAGACGGAGGGCUGGCAGCGAGUGGCGUUGGAGGUGAAGUCGUGACUCGCGGUGUGGAGCUGCAGCCUUGGCAUCAUGUCGGAAGGAAACGCAGCGGGCGAGCCCAGCGCUCCGGGAGGAUCCCGACCCAUCUUGUCCGGGGCGCGGGGGCUAAUUGGGCGACGACCGGCGCUGCCCCUCACCCCAGGCCGCCUUCCCUCCAUCCGAUCCAGGGACCUCACCCUCGGGGGAGUCAAGAAGAAAACUUUCACCCCGAAUAUCAUCAGUCGGAAGAUCAAGGAAGAGCCCAAGGAAGAAGUAACUGUCAAGAAGGAGAAGCGUGAAAGGGACAGAGACCGACAGCGAGAGGGCCAUGGGCGGGGCCGGGGGCGCCCAGAAGUGAUCCAGUCCCACUCCAUCUUUGAGCAGGGCCCAGCUGAAAUGAUGAAGAAAAAAGGGAACUGGGAUAAGACAGUGGAUAUGUCAGACAUGGGACCCUCUCAUAUCAUCAACAUCAAAAAAGAGAAGAGGGAGACGGAUGAAGAAACAAAGCAGAUCCUGCGAAUGCUGGAGAAGGAUGAUUUCAUUGAUGACCCUGGUCUGAGGAAUGACACUCGAAACAUGCCUGUGCCGCUGCCACUGGCUCACUCAGGGUGGCUUUUUAAGGAAGAGAGUGAAGAACCAGAUAAACCUUGGCUGGCUGGCCCCAAGGAAGAAGACAUGGAGGUGGACAGACCUGUUGUGAAAGUGAAAGAGGAGCCACGAGAUGAGGAGGAGGAGGCCAAGAUGAAGGCUCCUCCCAGAGCAGCCAAGAAGACCCCAGGCCUGCCGAAAGAGGUGUCUGUGGCUGAGCUGCUCAGGGAGCUGAGCCUCACCAAGGAGGAAGAGCUGCUGUUCCUCCAGCUGCCAGACACCCUUCCUGGCCAGCCACCCACCCAGGAUAUAAAGCCUGUCAAGACGGAAGUACAGGGCGAAGAUGGGCAGAUGAUGGUCAUCAAGCAGGAGAAAGACCGGGAAGCAAGACUGGCAGAGAGCACUUGUUCCCUGGCUGACCUGACGGAAGGUCAGGUGGGCAAGCUGCUCAUCCGCAAGUCAGGAAAGGUGCAGCUUCUCCUGGGCAAGGUGACUUUGGACGUGACCAUGGGAACCACUUGCUCUUUCCUGCAGGAGCUGGUGUCUGUGGGCCUUGGAGACAGUAGGACAGGGGAUAUGACAGUCCUGGGACAUGUGAAGCACAAACUUGUAUGUUCUCCUGAUUUCGAAUCCCUCUUGGAUCACAAACACCGGUAAAAUGAGCAGAUGGAGGAGGAUGGCGACGGUGCCCACGGCUGCUGCCUGCUGCAGACGUUUUGUUCUCUAAUCUGAGCGACCCAGAGGGGGCUGUUGAGCCCACCCACUCCAGCCUUUGGCAGCCAUUGUCCUAAUUUCACCCAGGACCCACAAGGCUUUUUCCCACAGAAGCUGUGAAUGGCACAGUGACCUUCACACAGCAUGGACACUGCACAUCCUGGCUGCUAAGGACUUGUCCCUGCUAUUUAUUUUUAUAUUUAUGUCUUAAUUUCCUACACUGACUGCAUCCUCCUGAGGGGUGGGGAAGUGGGUCUAUGGAAAAGUGCAGGCUCCUUCUCUUAGAGGCAAUUGGGCCAUGGAGGCAGGAAGUGUGAGGGCUGCAGCUUUGGCUUGGGUGCCCUUCUUGGGAGGCAGCAGAUAGGAGAGAGCAGGGAUAGAGGCUCAGAUGUACAAGCCCAGGCCCAGCUCAGCAGUUCCUAGACCCUGGACAAACUACCUAACCUUUGUGAGCCUCAUAUUCCUCAGCUGACAAAAAUGGAGAUAAUAACCUACCUCAUGGGGUUGGCACAAGGAUUUAUAGGAUGUCACUGAUGAAAACUCCUCGCACAAGGCCAAACCCAGUAGGCACUCAAUAAAUGUUUCCCUCUCCU